CAGGGGCACGUGACUUCUACAUUUGUCCUUCGCCGGGUCGCCAUCAUGCAGGCUUUACGGCAGGCAUGUUCUGGGUUCGCUAGGGUUGCUAAAGUUGCCCUAGCAUCCCCUGUUUCACAACAAACAUGUUUAAAUUUCACUCCAGCUUUAUUCUCUGUUCAGAGAAAUUAUGCUAAAGAAGCAGCAAAGCCCAAGACUGCAGUAGCCAAUGGCAGAAUUGUAGCAGUUAUUGGUGCCGUUGUUGAUGUGCAGUUUGAUGAUCAACUACCUGCCAUUCUCAAUGCCUUGGAAGUACAGAACAGAUCCCCAAGACUUAUCCUUGAAGUAGCUUCUCAUUUGGGUGAAAAUGUUGUUAGGACCAUUGCUAUGGAUGGUACUGAAGGUCUUGUUAGAGGUCAACCCUGUGUGGAUAUUGGAUCCCCAAUCAGAAUUCCAGUAGGCCCUAAAACCCUUGGCAGAAUCAUCAAUGUCAUUGGUGAACCUAUUGAUGAAAGGGGACCUGUUAAUUCUGAACAUUAUGCAGCUAUUCAUCAAGAGGCACCUGAGUUUGCUGAUAUGAGCGUUCAACAAGAAAUCUUGGAAACAGGCAUCAAAGUAGUCGAUCUGCUUGCCCCUUAUGCCAGGGGUGGAAAAAUUGGUCUCUUUGGGGGUGCUGGUGUAGGAAAGACUGUACUUAUCAUGGAGCUUAUUAACAAUGUCGCCAAGGCUCAUGGUGGUUACUCUGUAUUUGCUGGUGUUGGUGAGAGAACUCGUGAAGGAAAUGAUCUUUAUCAUGAGAUGAUCACAACAAAAGUCAUUUCUCUAACUGACAACACAUCUAAGGUAUCCCUUGUGUAUGGUCAAAUGAAUGAACCACCAGGUGCUCGUGCUCGUGUUGCUUUGAGUGGUCUGACUGUAGCAGAGUUUUUCAGAGAUCAAGAAGGACAGGAUGUGCUCUUGUUUAUUGACAAUAUCUUCAGAUUUACACAGGCUGGUUCUGAAGUGUCUGCUUUGCUUGGACGUAUUCCAUCUGCUGUAGGUUACCAGCCCACACUGGCCACUGACAUGGGUAGUAUGCAGGAAAGAAUUACCACCACUAAGAAAGGAUCUAUUACAUCUGUACAGGCUAUCUUCGUACCUGCUGAUGACUUGACUGACCCUGCCCCAGCUACCACUUUUGCCCAUCUUGAUGCUACUACUGUGUUGUCUCGUGGUAUUGCAGAGUUGGGUAUCUACCCAGCUGUAGAUCCACUUGACUCAAAUUCUCGUAUUCUAGAUCCUAAUGUUGUUGGUGAGGAGCACUAUGCAACAGCAAGAGCUGUUCAAAAGAUUCUUCAGGAUUAUAAAUCUCUACAAGAUAUCAUUGCUAUUUUGGGUAUGGAUGAGUUGUCUGAGGAGGACAAAUUGACAGUAGCCCGUGCCAGAAAAAUGAUGAGGUACUUGUCACAGCCUUUCCAAGUUGCUGAGGUCUUCACAGGAUCUGAAGGAAAAUACGUCCCUCUUAAAGAUACAAUUAGAGGAUUCAAGAUGCUUAUCAAUGGUGAGCUAGAUCAUUUGCCAGAGGUAGCCUUUUACAUGGUUGGUAGCAUAGAAGAAGUCACAGAGAAGGCUGCAAGAUUAGCCAAGGAGCAGUCAUGAGCAAAUAGCACAUAGAUUUCAAAAUAGUUUAAUUUUAUUGUACUGUGUGUCUGCAAGCAUGUCAAUGACUGGAACAUGCCUAAGUUGUGAUAAGACAGGAAUUUUUUGUGGUCCAAUGUUAAAAGUUUAGGAUCAAUAUGUACUAUAAAUAGUUGUCAGCUAUAAACAAAUUUCUGAAUGUGGGGUUGCUGAUUGUUUUUUUCUUAAUAAAAUUUCCAACAUUCAAAUUUGUUAGAAAAGUUUAUGCUUAUCAAAUGUUUUGAAAGUUGGAAUCAUUGAAUAAAAAUAAAAAACAUU